AGUAACAAUUCAUUGGCCUUUGGCUGUUCUGUACUUUGGUCAAGCCUAUCGUGACAUGUUUUACAAUAUCUUAUAAAUGUUGAUAACUAAUGCAUGUUUUAAGUUGCGAUAUGAUCAAAUUUAUGCGCAAUGCUUAUAGAUAUAAAGGUGCAUUUCAGUAUUUACAUAAGAAUUACAGUCACUGUUUUUACAGGUUUUCUGAAACGCAAACAGAAUGUUCCAGUUAUAUGUUCUAUUAACCAUAGUAAUAUUCGCUGAAGCAACCGUUGACAAAAGGAGGCAUGUUGUUACUCACGUCGAUACCGAGGUUAAAAUUCAAUUACAUAUUUCCGACGUCCUCGACGACUUCUCCGAAAAAUUGAAUGACAAAUCAACCGACGAGUUUCAGAGAAAAGCAAGCCAAUUUUGUUCAAAACUCGAAAAAGUAUUCCAUGGAGACCUCCCUGUCAUUACUUCUGGAUCAGAACUAUUGAAGUUUGAGAAGUGUGUUGUCGACAAAUUUGACGUGAAAACCUCAACUGUCGAUUUUUACCUUUAUUUCACGGGAAGAUACGACGAAAAGUUAGUACCAGCCAUUUAUAAUGCAAUACGUAAAAAUCGUGAUAGGUCAGCAAAGCCUUCUCACAAAGGCAAAGGGGUUAUCGGCAUUGGUGGACUUUAUUUUUAUCAAUUUGAUAUCGUGUCUAUUACUGUAUGGGUGAACACACAUGACAUUGAAAAUGACGAUGACCGCUUUGAUCGACGAUCUUCUUUAGAGACAAGAAUACUCGAAAUACUUCUUGACAGCCAAAUCGGCAAGGCAGUUGCCAGGAGAAACAUGGAUCACAAUAGCAGCGAACGAAUGCUUUACGAACGAAUACCAGUGCAGAAAAUCAAUGAAAAACUUCAAAGAUUGAUGAAGAUUGAACAAGACACCGUCACAAAUACAGAAAACAGAGGCUACAUCUAUGAUACAUUUGCUUUGCAAUAAACUGUCCAAUAUAACGAGAAAGGAAGAUGAAAAAGCGUUCAUUAUAUGUUUAUUUCUUGACUGUUUCUUUAUCAUUGACAUGCACAAAAUGUAUACAGCUUAUGAAAAUAAUAAAUUUGAUGUCAG